AUGAAGGUGGUAGACAAGAUCAAAUCGGUGACGGAGCAAGGGCAAACUGCCUUCUCCUUUGAGUUUUUCCCGCCCAAGACGGAGGAUGGCGUUGAGAAUCUCUUUGAACGGAUGGAUCGAUUGGUCUCUUACGGGCCGACCUUCUGCGAUAUCACCUGGGGCGCCGGAGGAUCCACCGCCGAUCUCACCCUCGAGAUCGCUUCCAGGAUGCAGAACGUUAUCUGCGUCGAGACGAUGAUGCAUCUCACUUGUACCAACAUGCCGGUCGUGCAGAUUGACCACGCGCUUGAGACCAUUAGAUCCAAUGGUAUUCAGAAUGUGCUUGCGCUCAGAGGAGAUCCGCCUCACGGGCAGGAUAAAUUCGUCCAGGUCGAAGGAGGGUUUGCUUGUGCUCUGGAUCUGGUGAAUCACAUUCGAAGCAAGUAUGGUGAUUACUUUGGAAUCACAGUUGCUGGUUAUCCAGAGGCUCAUCCUGAUGUCAUUGAAGCUAAUGGCCUCGCUACUCCUGAAUCUUAUCAGAGUGAUCUUGCUUACCUGAAGAAAAAGGUUGAUGCCGGAGCAGAUCUGAUCGUGACCCAGCUUUUCUAUGAUACUGAUAUAUUCCUCAAGUUUGUGAAUGACUGUCGGCAAAUCGGGAUAAAUUGUCCCAUUGUUCCUGGAAUUAUGCCCAUUUCCAACUACAAAGGGUUUUUGCGUAUGGCUGGUUUCUGCAAGACCAAGAUACCCGCUGAGCUCACUGCUGCCUUGGAGCCUAUCAAGGAUAAUGAUGAAGCUGUUAAGGCCUAUGGUAUUCACUUUGCGACAGAAAUGGCAAAUCGUCCAAAGAGCUACAUAUCUAGAACAAAAGGCUGGAAUGACUUCCCACAGGGACGGUGGGGUGAUACACGCAGUGCAUCAUAUAGUACACUUUCGGAUUAUCAGUUCAUGCGCCCAAAAGCACGUGACAAGAAGCUUCAGCAAGAAUGGGUCGUCCCAUUGAAAAGCAUUGAAGAUGUUCAAGAGAAAUUCAAGGAGCUCUGCCUUGGAAGCUUAAAAAGCAGUCCAUGGUCUGAGUUAGAUGGACUCCAGCCAGAGACAAAGAUCAUAAACGAGCAGCUCGGCAAAAUCAACUCCAACGGCUUCUUGACCAUCAAUAGCCAACCAUCGGUCAACGCAGCCAAAUCUGAUUCCCCAGCUAUUGGAUGGGGAGGUCCUGGUGGUUACGUGUACCAGAAAGCUUAUCUGGAGUUCUUCUGCUCAAAGGAUAAGUUAGACACGCUUGUGGAGAAAUCCAAAGCGUUUCCUUCUAUCACCUUCAUGGCCGUGAACAAAGCAGAGAACUGGGUAUCAAACGUCGGUGAAACCGAUGUGAAUGCAGUUACUUGGGGAGUGUUCCCAGCUAAGGAGAUCAUUCAACCGACAAUCGUGGAUCCAGCCAGUUUCAAAGUCUGGAAAGACGAAGCCUUUGAGAUUUGGUCAAGAAGCUGGGCUAACUUGUACCCAGAAGAUGACCCUUCUAGAAAGUUGCUCGAGGAGGUGAAGAACAGCUACUAUUUGGUAAGCUUAGUGGACAACGACUACAUCAAUGGUGAUAUCUUCUCUGUCUUCGCUUGA